GUUUCCCAGUCGUGAGAGCAGGGUCACCGCGCCCAUCUCUGCUGUCUGAUGGCCGGAGCGAGCGCCUGACAGCGAGAACACAGAAGAACAGUCCAGCGCCGGAGAACGACGAGUGUGGGAAGUACAAGAAAGGCCGAAUCUGGACCGAGCGUUGUGUUGACCACGUUCACUACAGGGCAUCUGCGUGAGGCUCGCGUUAUUUGGAUCAGAAUCAGCGCGGUUGCAGCUGUCGCGGCUGCGGGUUCGGGGAGUGCCGCUCUCCGCUGACUGACGGACGGACUGUCUGCAGGUCGGGCAGCUGUGGAUCUCUCCUCGCGGUGUACAGUCAAUGAUAGAUACACACCGAACUGUCCCGACAGAACACAGAUCAGUGCGAGCGCCAGUGAGCGGACCGAGUGAAGCCCAUCACCUAGCAGAAGAAAAUGAGUGAGCUCGACCAGUUACGCCAGGAGGCUGAACAGCUGAAAAACCAGAUCAGAGAUGCACGGAAAGCCUGUGCGGAUGCCACCCUCUCUCAGAUCACAGCCAAUAUUGAACCUGUGGGGCGGAUUCAGAUGCGCACCAGACGGACACUGAGGGGACACUUGGCCAAGAUCUACGCCAUGCACUGGGGCACUGACUCCAGGCUUCUUGUUAGUGCUUCCCAGGAUGGAAAACUAAUAAUCUGGGACAGCUAUACUACAAACAAGGUGCACGCUAUCCCGCUGCGCUCCUCGUGGGUGAUGACCUGCGCCUAUGCCCCGUCUGGGAACUAUGUGGCCUGUGGAGGCCUGGAUAACAUCUGCUCCAUCUACAACCUGAAGACCCGCGAGGGGAACGUGCGCGUCAGCCGUGAGCUGGCUGGACACACAGGUUAUCUGUCCUGCUGCCGCUUCCUGGACGAUAACCAGAUCGUCACCAGCUCCGGAGACACCAGUUGUGCUCUGUGGGAUAUCGAGACCGGGCAGCAGACGACCACGUUCGCAGGUCACACCGGUGAUGUCAUGUCCCUGUCUCUGGCCCCGGACACUCGUCUGUUCGUGUCAGGCGCCUGUGACGCCUCUGCCAAGCUGUGGGACGUCAGAGAAGGCAUGUGCAGGCAAACCUUCACUGGCCACGAGUCCGACAUCAACGCCAUCGGUUUCUUCCCCAAUGGAAACGCGUUCGCCACGGGCUCGGACGACGCCACCUGCAGGCUGUUUGACCUGCGUGCCGAUCAGGAGCUGAUGGUUUACUCUCACGACAACAUCAUCUGUGGGAUCACCUCCGUGGCCUUCUCCAAGAGCGGACGCCUGCUGCUCGCUGGCUAUGACGAUUUCAACUGCAACGUGUGGGACGCUCUCAAAGCCGACCGCGCAGGGGUUUUGGCGGGUCACGAUAACCGCGUCAGCUGCUUGGGUGUGACUGACGACGGGAUGGCUGUGGCUACAGGCUCCUGGGAUAGUUUCCUUAAGAUCUGGAAUUAAAGCCGUAAGAUCGCAUCCGGACUCUUGAGGUUGACAGGAAGACCAUUCCAAAAUGAAAAUGUUUGAUUUUAUUCCCCUCUCUCCUUCUCAAACACAACAGAACUGA